UAUCUUAUCUUGGUGAGGUCAGGAGUCUACAUACUGAUUUUCACAUUAGCUUCAGACUGUCUUACAAGUUUGUCAAUCGGCCAUGAUGUUUUCGUCCAUGUUUGUCUUCCUCGCCCUCUGCUGCAUCACAUAUAGUGACCUCCUCGAUGAAACAGAAAAACAACUAUACGGCCAACUCGACCUCGACAAAGACCAUGAGGUCACUCUUCCUGAAAUGGACAGCUACUUCGAGAAAUUUGACACGGACGGUGAUGGCAUUAUCACACUGAAGUAUCUCAUCACGCAGCUGGCUUUAGAUUGGGCGACAGCCAAGAAGCAGAUCUCGGUUUUUGACAAGAACAAGGACGGCGUCAUUACUAAAGUAGAUGUUAAGCUCAUCUUCGAUCUGCUCGACACAAACAAAAAUGGAAAAGUAACGUUGCAGGAAUUUCAAGAUAAAUAUGUUGAGGUUCUUACCGCAGGCGUAAAUAUUAUCGGAAAAUAAGAUGGACAUAAUUUUGUGAUAUAUUUGAUAACACUCAUGAAAUAAACAUAUAUGUUACAUAUAGUAAAUAUGCUUAAAUCAAGG